AUGCGUUUCUCCGCCAUUGCCGUUUCCGCCGCCGUCUUCGGUGUUGCCAUGGCUGUCCCCGCCGUUGUCUACGAGACUGAGGUCGUCACCAUCACCUCUUGCGCUCCCGAGAAGACCAACUGCCCGCUCGUGCUACCGCCACCUCCGCCGAGGUUGUCCCGACCGUUGCCCCCGUCGAGUCCGUCCCGGUCUACACCUCGGCCCCGGUUCGCCUCCUCCCCAGCUGUCGAGCCUGUCGCAUCUGUCCCAGCUGCCGGAUCAUCUGCCCCAGUUGAGUCCGUCACCAUCCCGGCCAGCUCCACCGUCGCUGCCGUUGAGACCCCCGCUGUCAGCUCCCCAGCUGCCGGAACCGGCUCUGUCUCUGCCCCGGCUGCUGUCCCCACCUCUGCCACCGGAACCGUCAAGGCCCACGAGUCAAUUCCCUCCCGUUCCCUUGAGCACUGCGCCAGCGCUGUCCAGGACACCUUCGAGGGCGCUGCUGCCGCCAAGGGCUUCUCCUUCGCUGCUGUGGCCCUCGCCGCCGCUGCCUACGUCCUUGUUUAA